GUCAAAUUGACUUAGAAUAGAAUGUUGACAAAAUCCGUUUUUGAGACAAGGCACGCGGCAAAAGUAAAUGAAUUUGGUAAAUAAUAUCGGUGAAUUUCUGCUCUUUAACCAAAAUCAGUGGUAACAAUCGGAAAGACCUACUUGUAGUUUUUGGAGCAACAAGCCUAGACAUGGCCGAUGAAUGGAUUGAGUAUGUUAACGACACUCGAACAAUAUGUAAAUACGGAGUAAAGUGUUAUCAAAAGAAUCCGGAUCACCACAAACAGUUUAAGCACCCACCUAAAAACUUGCGAAAAGAUGUUAACCGGGACGGGCGGAAUAAAAGACGAUACUCUCCAUACACCAGAGAGUCUCCGCGUCAGUCACCACAACCUCAAAGCAGGGAUGAUUCACCUAACGCUAGAAAAGAAAAACCGGUAAAUGAUAAUAGCGAUCAAAAAACAAGUGAUGGGAACGAUAACAAACCAGAAGAGCCCAAACUUGAUGACCAAACUCUUGAAGAAAGCUUUAACGUUAAUCUGCCUGAAGAUAUAACAUAUUAUGAUAAAAGCACAGACAACAGUCUCCUAAAAGAACUGUUCUUAGUAGAGAUGCCUGAAGACUUCUUUAAAUUUUUUGAAUGUAUAAGUGAAGGUGGAAAAUCAUUUGAAGAAAUAUUGGCCAGCGUGAACUUGAUGCCAAUUGGUCCAUAUGAGCUGCUCAUGGGAAAACUGCCAAAGUUAGAUAACAAGGAAUUGUAUCUAAUUCACUGGAGGUUCUUUUUUGAUCCAGCUGAAUUCCAGGCAGUUCUGAAGAAGAAAAAGAACAGUGCAUACCACAUAGGAUACUUUCGAGAUGAUCCUGAAGAGAAACCUGCGUUUGUAGCCAGUAAUGACUGUGACAAAGAUUAUCACAUCACACCCAUGGCCUAUAAUAUCUUUGGUGCAGUUUACGUGUACUUACAAAAUGAGAAAAAACAUUCACCUUUUACUGCAAUGUCUUGUCAGAAGUUAAUGGAUAAAAUAAAACAAUAUGCUGAGGAGAACAAAAUCAGUUUGGAGGAAUUUAAUAUGAAGAAAAGAUUGGCCCAAACAGUUACUAGGUCCUUCCACGGUGCAGGCAUUGUGGUACCAUACAAUAAGAAGACUCAAGUGGGAUACAGGCGACUGGUGGAAACUGAUGCAAACUUGAGGAAACUAUUUGCCAGUCUAGCAAAAGCGACAGACCAAAAAGAAAAAGAAAAAUUGCUAUCAGAUCUACAGCCAGUAAUAACAUAUGCAAGCAUAGCUCUAGAUGAGUCAGAUUUUGGUACAGGCUUGGAAGUAGGCAUAGCUCUCUUCUGCUCUGGACUGAAGGAAUUGGAACCAAGUGCAUUGAGUAGCUUUACCUCUGCCUACUUUGUGUUAAAUAGGAAACCAUUUGGAGAUAUAAUUCAGGCACACCUGAAGUAUCGUCGAAAAGGUCCAAAUGUUUCAAUGCUACAUCUAAAAUAGUUGAAAAUAUUAAUGCCUCUUGGUAUUGGCUAUGUAUUGUUCCAUGUAUGUAUACUGAAGGAAUAGUUUUAUCACUGCAUGUAUUAUAUAUUUACUGUACCUGAUUGAUCACUAAUUGACAAUAGAAAUUUGAAAAAAGAUGACUAUUUAAUUCAGAUACAUAGAUAUAAAUAUUUAUAUUCCGGGGGCACAUUCGGGGGCACCUUUUCACACACGGUUGGUUAGCCCCAUGGUAAGUUAUUUAUUAACUUGUGUUAUGGGUGCUAACACAACUGAUAAACUACAUAUAGUUACACAUAUACAUAUUUAUAAAUACAUAUUGUAACACCCAGACCACGGCCAACAAGCAUGCUCAUCACACAAAUGUCGACCGAACCGGGAAUCGAACCCGGGACCUCAGAUUCGGCAGUCCGGCUUGGAGACCAUUGCGCCACAGAGGUCGUCGCAAAUGUGUCUUGAUAAUAGUAUAGUUUUCUAUGUAUUUAUUUAUUUACCCUAUCUUAUUAGUGGUGUGCUAUAUAAAUACCUAUUAUAUGUAAAUGUAUGAGAUACAAGUUGAAACAAUCAUUUUUAAAUAAAACUUUUAAUUUAAA